GCCCAAUAUGGUCGGUACCAAUCCCGGCAACCCCAAAAGCCCUAAGAUGUGAUCGUGGGUUUUCUAACAUCAGCGAAGAACCCAAUCCUAACCAACCCACCUCCGCCACUUCCACCCAAAUAAUUUGGAGAAAAUAUAGGGACUGAGAACACUCAGAAAUAGCAGCGAUAUAUCCGAGUUUUGAAUUUCAUCCUAAUCACAAUCACAAUCACAAUCUCGCCUUUCAGAAGUUCAGCAGCAACAUAAUGAGGUUUUAAGAUGCACAUCGAAAUUUGCUCGGUCAAACUAAGACCAUGUCCAGGCUAAUAGACCCACAACCGGAGGAGGUAGAAUUGAUCAAAUCCGGCCUGAUUGCACAAUCCGGGUUGUUGGGGAAUAAGGUUGCAGAUGAGGAUGAAGACGACCCAUUAGCAGAUGAAGACUUACCUGAGAAAUACAGAAAGGCAAAUUUCAAUACCAUGACGUUGCUUCAAUGAAUGAGUUUUGGUUCUGCUUCGGUCCGUUCUCUUCUGAUUCCUUCUUUAAAACAAAAAGUUGUAUGGAUCCGAAACUCAAGUUAUGGAAAUGGUUGGUGAUGAUGAUUCUGGUUCUGAUUUGCGCUAGAUUGGUUGCCGGAUGUGGAAAUAGGAUGACUGUGUUCUUUAUAGAGACGAAUUUACUGUUACGCAAAAGGGUUCAAUAUUUCGUUUAUGGGGUUCGAAAAGCUGCACAGAAUUCUCUGGUUAGGUUUGGUUUUGCAUUGUAUGGAAUCUACUCUUUGACAGUAAAGUGGAGAGAGAUACCAAAAGUGAGUUCCUCACACACAUCACCAAGAUUUUGAUCUAUUUUCUGGACGGAACUCUGCUUUGUUUGGUUAAGACACUGAUAUAGUUAAAGUUCUUGCUUCAUCAUUUCAUGUCAGAACAUACUUCGACAGAAUUUAGGAUACUCUGUUCAAUCAGUCUGUCAUUGAGGCUUUGUCGGUGCCUUUGGUGAUUGAGAUUCAGCAGUCAGAAGAAGAGGAGACCAGGAAAAUUAGAGAUUCAGAUGUUGUAGAAUGCAGAUGUUACUGCCUCCCAGUGUAGGACUAAGUAGGGGUUUCAGAGAAGUGUUACCUUUAUUAUGAAGAGUGGAGGUUCGAAGAAAGAGGGAUUGAAGAACGAAGAGAACGGGAUUUCAAGAACAUGGAAUAUGAAGACGUCGUCCGCCAUGGCUCCCUUGUGACCUUGGACGAACAGCAUCUGCAGGAUGGAUAUCUCGGCGAGGAUGAUUCACA